GUGUGAGAUAGGCAGGCGUGGAGGGAGGAUGCGUUGUGGUGACGCUGGAGGAGUUAUAGUGUGUGUCAUAGUGUAAGCUGCGGAUGUACCGAGUACGACCCGCCUAUAACAAUUUCUACGGCUGUAACGACAAUUCGUUCUGCAGCUCUACGACGUUCUUCGCUGUGUUAUUCGAUUCGAUCUGAAGGAAAAAGAAUGCUCUAGAACUAAUAUAAAAAAAGACUAAAACCAACCAGAAUGUCGAACGAAGUGGCGGCAUCUGCCGUAGCUGCCGUGGGCGUCCCCAACGCGGCUCCAGAAGGCUGCAGAGAAGGCGCGAAGGAGGAGAGGGCGGCGUACGUGGCCUAUCCCCGCCGGUGGGCCGUCCUCGGCACCGUCGCGCUGCUCAACAUCUCGAACGCGGCGACGAUCGCUGGGAUGGCGCAGUCGUUCCUCCUGUUCAUCCCGACGAAGGUGUCCCAGCUGUGGUUCCCCGAGGACGCCCGCGCCAUCGCCACCACCGUCCUCUCGCUCUCCAACCCCCUGGGCAUCGUGGUGGCACAGGUCGCCGCGCCCCUUAUCGUGACCGCCGAGGGGGAUUUCCCGACCCUGAACUACGUCUUCGGGGCCCUGGCGGUGCUGGCGGAGGCGGCCACCAUCGUCUGCAUUACCAGAUCCAAGCCCCCCACCCCGCCCAGCCAGAGCGCCGCCCGCGGGGAGGUGCGGCGGGCGGCGUACCUGCAGCAGCUCAGGACGACCUUCACCUGCUGGCCGUACCUGCUGCUGCUGGUGUCGCUGGGCUGCGGCGUGGCGCUGUUCUCCUCCCUCGCCACCGUCACGCAGCAGCUGCUGUGCCCGCUCGGCUACACCGACCUCUUCGGCGGCAUAGCGAACGCGGCGAUGAUCCUGAGCGGCUUCGUGGGCUCCGCCAUCACGGGCGUCACGGCGGACAAGACCAAGGCCUUCACGCCCAUCACCAAGGUGUGCUACGGCGCGGCCACCAUCUUCGCUAUCGUCAUGCUGGAGAUGUUCAUGGUUCCCGGCCAACCCGAACUCGUGGCUACGUUCACGGGCCUCUUCGGGUUCUUCGGCGUCGGGGCAUACCCGAUCGGCCUCGAGCUGGCGGUGGAGGCAACGUAUCCCGUCGAGGAGUCGAUCAGCACGGCUUUCAUUUUCAUGUCUGGGCAGUUGCAAGGGGUCUUGAUCAUCGCACUGGUAACACUGCUAGGACGGAAACAAAAGCCACAGUUUGAGGACAUCGAGACGUGUACAAAGAGUGGCAAUGCUGAUAUAGAGCCCAAGGAUUAUACAGUAUCCCUGAUGGUGAUUAUGACAUACUUGGUUGUGGUUGUCUCCGUCAUGAUCCUCUUCUUUGAGACAUCCUACAAGCGGCUGGAGGCUGAGCGUCUCACCCCGGAUCCCGUCGCUGCCACCAGUAACUCAACCGCCUGCUCUUCUUCCCCUUCUUCCUCAAAUCGCUCUCUCUCUCCUCGGUCCUCUGCCUCCUCCUUCCACUCGCUCACCGAAUCAGGGAAGGCGUUGCGAGGUGGGGGAGGAGGGGGGAAGAGUGAAGAGGUGGUUCAAGACUGGAAUGAGCGUGAAGGAGAGGAUGGCACUGAAAGGAGCCAGUUGUGAUUGUGUGCGUAGUGUGCAUACUCACUGAUGUGCACGUUUGUGUAUGUGUAUCUUUUCUCCUCAUAUUUAUUUUCUAUUUGCUUGUCUGUCCUGAAGAGAAAAUAAUAAGGAGAUGAACAGAGAAUAGAUUGAAAAGAAUAGAUUGCAUAAAAUGCUAAAAGAAUAGAGUGAUGCUUUCCUUUCAUAGCAUCAUGAGGCAAUAGAUUUGGAAUUAAAAUAACUGCAUAAGUAGAAAUACAUUUGUGCAUUAUACAGUAUUAAUGAUUCAUAUAGUAAAAUAAAAUUCUUUUUUUUUCGCUUGUCAACAAGUGAUGAAUUUACGUUAUAAAUAUAUAUUGUAGCAACAGGAAUACAAUACCAUUAUAUGAUAAUU